UGCCCACGCGAACAUUGCUCUUUUGAUUGGCUCUAGGUGUAAGACAAAAACGGGAAGUGUUCCGACGUGGCGUAGCAUUCCCUUACACCGGUUGAAGAAAGGGAGCGAUGCAUCUUGGGGUACAAAUGGACAUACGUAUGGAAAAGAGAUGUAGAUAAUACAGCGACAAGAUAUUUAUCAAUUUUCAGCCUUCAAUACCACGUCCAUCAGACAUGAUCCCAUUACCGGAUGCGAAAGGUCCAAGACUGCGACCGUUUCUUAGGCAGAUUGACGAUAUCCAGUUUUUGCGACUGCUGUCUUCUAACGAACAGUACAGCAAUGAGGUACCCCACAGCAGGGUUUUCUACGUCCGCAUCGCGGACCAAUCAUAUGCUUUAAAGGUUUUCAACUUCUUCAGUCUCGAGGAAAUACGCCCCUUCGUUCCCUUCGGCGAGCAUUUAUUAAGAAACAAGGACAAAAUCAUACGAGACCAGCUGGACCCUUUCUUCGCUGAAUGUCGUGCAUUUGGACGGCUUGUCGAAGAAGGGAGGGACGAUGAGCUUGCUGUGCGCUGUUAUGGCUACACGUUGCUACCGGAAACUGUGGAACGCCAAAUUCAAACGCAGUUCGGUAUCACCGAUUGGAACCGUGGAGAUGAGGAUGAGGAACAGCCUCUACGGGCCAUUGUGAAAGGAUAUAUCAGGUACAAGACUCCAUUUAACAGGAAACCGUUUGCUGUCAUGAGGAAAAGGAUUGAAGAGUUAAAUGACCUGGGUAUCUAUAACAUGGACAUACGGAAAGAGAAUUACUUGGGCGGUCGUCUUUUUGAUUUUAGCAUCGCGAUUACCGCACCUCAUUUGCGUUUCUGGACGAAGCUACGUUUCCAGGACGCGAUUCAAGCGGAUAUGAAAUAUGACUUGGAAUGUUUGAAUGAAAUAGCUGAAGAAGUAGAGCAGCAACGAGGAGAUGAUAGCCGAGGAUCGCAACGAUACGACUUACGGCCACGAAGCAAUUGUAACCAACACAAGAAGUCACCUUAGCUUUACUUCAAUACGAUCCACUAUAUUCAUACAAA